AUGUCGGACGAUCGGGAGAAGGAGCUGCAACAGGCUCUGGCAGGGUGUGUCCUCGACUCCAGCUGGUUUUACUGCGUGGCAGGGGUGGGCCUGGCCAUCCCCAUCGGGGUGCGACUCAAGUCUUACAACCCCCUGGUCUACUUGGGACUCUCUGGAACACUGCUGGACCUUCUCAACGGCUACAACAAGUGCACGAAGGAGCGGGCGGAGUUGCGGGACUACCAGCUCGCGGUGUCCACGCGUGCACCGCGACUGUGCGGGCUGGUCGGCCAUGCCAGAGGCGCCCAGGCUCGGCGGCUGGCCACUGGUGCAGGCCCAGACCUCGGCCUGGGAGCGACCCUGCAGCGUGCCGUCGCCUUUGGCCCCUCUGAGGUGGCGGCGUUUGUGAGGCUGACGGGGGACACCAACCCCAUCCACCAGUCCCUGCCAGCCGCGCAGGCCGCCGGCUUCGAGCGAUGCCUCGUCCCGGGUAUCAUGGCCGCCUCCCUCUUCCCCGCCCUCAUCGGCAGCGCCGUUCCCGGCGCGCUCUACCUCACGCAGACCCUCAAGUUUCGGGCGCCAGUCCAGGUGUCCGAGCCGAUGCUGGCUUCCGUGACGGUGUCGCGCAUCAGCGGCCGGCGACUGACCUUUGACACCCAGCUCACCGACUCUGCGGGCGCAGUGCGCGUGUCCGGGUCGGCGCUAGCCAUGCUCCCUCCUUCCACUUGA